AUGGACAACCUGACAUUCACAAACAGUCUUCUGAUGGUGGAGGGACUGAAAGUUACACCUCAAUCAUCUUAUCCUGUUUUUAUUCUGCUUCUGUUAGCUUAUAUGUUUGCAAUGGGAUGUAACAUUAUACUUAUAAUUCUCAUUUCAACACAGAAGAAUCUGCAUCACCCUAUGCAUUUUCUGUUUUGUAAUCUACCACUGAAUGAUAUAUUAGGUACCACUGUCAUGUUGCCACGCUUGUUACAGGAUAUUUUAAAAGAAGCUUCUGAUCGAUAUAUAACCUAUGUUGAGUGUGUUGUUCAAGCGUAUUUUGGGCACAUAUUUGCAGCAGCAUGCCACUAUGUGUUGAUGUUAGGUCUCACAAUACGUCUCUCGCACUGUAGAUAUACAAUUGAAAAUCCUUUCUGUGACAAUGCCUCACUGUUUAAACUGUCCUGUGAAAAUGUAUCUGUUAAUAAUGUGUAUGGACUCAUUUACACUGUUAUUUUGUUUACCUUAUCACUUGGGUCUGUAUUUAUAACAUAUUUUAAAAUUGCUACUGUGUGCAUUACCAGCAAAAACAAAUCGCUCAACAGCAAAGCCAUAAAAACCUGCAGCACUCAUUUAGCUGUUUAUUUAAUCAUGUUGGUAUCUGGAGCCACCGUGAUUUUUCUUCAUCGUGUUCCUGAAUACUCUGACAACAGAAAACUAGCUAGUAUAAUGUUUCACAUUGUACCACCAGGAUUAAAUCCUUUAGUGUACGGUUUACAAACCAAAGAGAUAAGAGAAAAAAUAAUUAAACUUUAUGUAGAUGAACCGGAGUCAAGCCAGCCAUCACCCAGGAACACAGAGCAGGAGCCUCAGCCCACUGCAGACGGAGAGCUUGAGCCUGCAGCAACUUUGUAUCUUGCUAACCUCACCUAG